CCGCCGCCGCCGCCGCCGCCACCGCCGCCUCAGCCUUCGCCGCCUCAGCCGCCGCCGCCGCCGCCGCCCGCUCCCGCCCGCGCGCGGCGGGAUGGACGAUCAAUCCAGGAUGCUGCAGACUCUGGCCGGGGUGAACCUGGCCGGCCACUCGGUGCAGGGGGGCAUGGCCCUGCCGCCUCCCCCGCACGGCCACGAAGGGGCGGACGGCGACGGCAGGAAGCAGGACAUCGGCGACAUCCUCCACCAGAUCAUGACCAUCACCGACCAGAGCUUGGACGAGGCGCAAGCAAAGAAACAUGCCCUGAACUGUCACAGAAUGAAACCCGCGCUCUUCAGCGUCCUGUGUGAAAUCAAAGAGAAAACAGGUCUCAGCAUCAGAGGAGCCCAGGAGGAAGACCCUCCCGAUCCCCAGCUAAUGAGACUGGACAAUAUGCUUUUGGCAGAAGGGGUUUCAGGUCCUGAGAAAGGUGGGGGAUCGGCGGCAGCAGCUGCAGCCGCGGCAGCCUCUGGAGGUUCUUCAGAUAACUCUAUUGAACACUCAGAUUACAGAGCCAAAUUGACCCAGAUCAGACAAAUCUAUCACACAGAACUGGAGAAAUAUGAACAGGCAUGUAAUGAAUUCACUACACACGUGAUGAACCUUCUCCGAGAACAGAGUAGAACACGUCCCAUUUCCCCAAAAGAGAUCGAAAGAAUGGUGGGCAUCAUCCAUCGAAAAUUUAGUUCCAUUCAGAUGCAGCUGAAACAAAGCACUUGUGAAGCAGUUAUGAUUUUAAGAUCAAGGUUCCUUGAUGCCAGACGGAAAAGACGUAACUUCAGUAAACAGGCCACAGAAAUCUUGAAUGAAUAUUUUUACUCACACCUCAGCAACCCCUACCCCAGUGAAGAAGCCAAAGAGGAGCUGGCCAAGAAAUGCAGCAUCACAGUGUCCCAGGUAUCCAACUGGUUUGGCAACAAACGAAUCAGGUACAAGAAGAAUAUUGGCAAAUUUCAAGAAGAAGCCAACCUCUAUGCUGCAAAGACAGCUGUGACAGCCGCACACGCAGUGGCUGCGGCUGUGCAGAACAACCAGACCAAUUCACCCACCACGCCAAAUUCUGGUUCUUCUGGUUCUUUUAACCUCCCAAAUUCUGGGGACAUGUUCAUGAACAUGCAGAGUCUGAAUGGGGAUUCUUACCAAGGGUCCCAAGUCGGAGCCAAUGUGCAAUCACAGGUGGAUACCCUCCGUCAUGUUAUCAAUCAGACGGGAGGCUACAGUGAUGGCCUUGGAGGAAACUCACUGUACAGUCCACAUAAUUUAAAUGCUAAUGGAGGCUGGCAGGAUGCAACAACUCCAUCUUCUGUGACUUCUCCUACAGAAGGCCCAGGAAGUGUGCAUUCGGAUACCUCUAACUAAUCCCCGGCCACACUUUUCCCUGAGCUGACAUGCCUUGAUAAGUGCAUUCAGAGCAAUAGGAGGAAAAGAAAAGCGGUUUUGUAGCCCACCAUCUACAGCUUUACUGUAAAACCUAUCUUAUUAGAAAACUUGGUAAAUCUGUUUUUUAAGGAAUCAUAAUCAUUUGUAUUUAUACUUAAAACACACAAUGUUUAAUAAAAAAAAAAAGCACUUUAUCCAAUUAGGCCAAGAUCUAACAUUGUUGACAGUCCUAUAGCUAUUUUAUCAUAAUUUAUUACCAAUAUUUUACAUUAAUGGUUUCACAGUUGCCAAUUACUUGGCCUUAAGGGUAAGAAGAACAAUGUAUGCUAAACCUCAAUCAUUAGAGCAGAAGCAAAGAUUCACCUCACCUAAAUUGAACUCCUUGCAUAUUUCCAUUGCAGACUUUGUCUUUCUUUCAUGUCACUAAUGGGGUUGGAAUAAGAGCUGUUUGGCUAUCUCUGUUAAUGACGGUUGUGUUUAAGAACCUUCCUUGUCACGUUCGUGUUGCGAUCUCUUCUGUUAUAAUUAGAUCAGAGACUGAUAGCCUUUUUUCUCUCUGAAAGCACCAGUGUACAAAGUCUGUUCAGUAAUGAAAUUAUGGAUCCAGAUUGUUCUGAAAACUGAAGAUACUUGCUGCUGAUGGAGGUGAAAACGAGAUCGUCUGGGGUUUUACAGUGUGCACUGGGUGCUGCACAGACUUGUCAAGGUUUGCUACGUCCUCUGGGCAUCCACAAAAGGCCCUGCUCUCUGGAGUGUUGUAUAUAGUGUAGCAAAAGAGUAUUUAUACAUCUCACCAAUCAAAACACAGCUUUAUUACCUCAUGCGAACUCAUACAAACCAAUAGAAUUUCAACAUGUUCUGUAGCUUAGAGUGCUCACUUACUACCUCUGAACAAUACUCACGCUGUAGUUUGUCUCUUUAUCUUUUUGCAUCUUGUAAUUAACUCUUUGUUCUCUUCAUAAAAUGUAAUGUACAUUGUAAUCUUUUAAAAGAAAAAUCAGGGUUGCAUUUGCAACUUUUAAAAAACUGAGAGUGAAAACAUUGGGUCUUAAUUUAACACAGAAUCAGUAAAAUUGUUGUAAAUACUGAAAAACAUUUUGAAUGUUCUUCAUCUUGUUACUAAUCCAUGCAAAAAAAUACAAGCAGCGACUAAUUGUGAUGCAUUCAGAUUUCAGUAUUCAGUACUGUAUAUUUCACCCUGUGUGAUGGGGCCCCCCUCCUUUCUCUUUUUGUAUUGUAUGCGAUUCUGGAACUGAUUGAGUCAUGAAAAUAAUUUGUGGCGGUGAUUCUAAUGUAUUAAAAACGUUUCGUGUUCCUUUCUAACUGGAUUACACCCUGGAUUGAAAAAGUCUUCCUCGUGGUAGUUAUAUGUAGUUUUAAACAUGAAUAAACUUUUUCCUUUCAUGAUUAAA